CUUCUUUUUAUUGUGUAAAUAACUCAAGGGAGAUUUUUAUUGUGUAAAUAAACUUGUAGAGAGAGAAGGUAGUCUUCAGUUCCAAGUAAACAGCUCUCUUUAAAUUGGGGAACCAGAAGAGAGAGGAGAUUUGGAAUUGCUGGUUUUCGAAAUUUGGAGUUUGACAAAGGAGAGUGUGUAUAUUGUAGGGAGAGAAAGAGGGAGGAGAGAGAGAGAGAGAGAGAGAGAGAGAGAGAGAUGGGAGGGUGCUUUUCGGACCAACGAGGAGGGCAACAAGCAGUGGGAGGAGGGGCCCAACAGAGGCCCCUACGGACGAACGAUGGCGGUGGAGCCGGAGGACACAAUGACGCUGUUGACUACUUCUUUAGAACAAAGGGCCUUGGUGCCCUCUUUACACAGAUCGAGUUAUCUUUAGCUGCUUCAAAAUUACGUGACCGCGACAUCAUUUCAAAGAGUGAUCCUAUGGCAGUAGUAUAUCAAAAGAAAAGAGAUGGAACCUUAGAGGAACUUGGUCGUACAGAAGUGAUAAUGAACAGUUUGGAUCCUGCUUGGAUUGGAAAAAUUAAUGUUGCUUAUCAGUUUGAGAUUGUUCAGCCUCUGAUCUUUCGUGUGUAUGAUGUAGAUACAAAGUACCACAAUUUACCGGUGAAGAUGCUGAAGUUGAAAGAUCAAGAAUUUCUUGCUGAAGCCAAUUGUGUAUUAUCUGAGAUAGUGACUAAACAAAGUUCGAGUUUGACCCUUAGUCUUCACAAUAAAACUGGGCACAGUGGUCUGACAAACUUUGGGACACUAACGGUCCAUGCCGAGGAAACUGUCGGUUCAAAGAAUGCUGUUGAGAUGGCAUUCCAUUGUUCCAACUUGGAAAACAAGGACCUAAUUUCCAAAAGUGAUCCCUUCUUGAGAAUAUCUAGGAUUGUUGAGAGUGGUAUUACUGUUCCAAUUUGCAAGACAGAAGUCGUGAAUAACAACUUGAAUCCAAUUUGGAAGCCCCUAUGCCUCACAAUGCAGCAAUUUGGGAGCAAGGACAACCCAUUAGUUAUCGAGUGCUUUGAUUUCAAUAGCAAUGGCAAUCAUGCACUUAUUGGUAAAAUGCAGAAAUCAGUGGCAGACCUUGAAAAACUUCACAAAGAAAAGAUUGGUGCAAAUUUUAUCUUACCAUCUGCUCGACAUGGUCAUGAAAAGGUUCUAAAGGGUCAACUUUUUGUGGAUGGAUUUGUUGCAAAGGAACUGUACAGUUUUCUUGAUUACAUUUCUAGUGGCUUUGAACUUAACUUUAUGGUUGCUGUUGAUUUUACUGCUUCAAAUGGAAAUCCUCGAAGUUUAGAUUCUUUGCACUACAUUGAUCCUUCAGGCCGGUUGAAUGCUUACCAGCAGGCUAUAAUGGAGGUUGGGGAGGUCAUACAAUUCUAUGAUUCUGAUAGGCGCUUUCCUGCUUGGGGCUUUGGAGGAAGGACUUGUGAUGGCUCAGUAUCUCAUUGUUUUAACUUGAGCAGUACAAGUGGCUUUGAGGUUGAAGGGGUAGAAGGUAUAAUGGCAGCUUAUGCAAGUGCUCUGCACAAUGUUGCUCUUGCUGGACCCACCUUAUUUGGUCCGGUGAUCAACAAUGCUGCAGAAUUUGCUGGGCAGUCCCUCUCCUACAACAAGAGCAAGUACUUUGUCUUGCUGAUUAUAACGGAUGGAGUCCUUACUGAUCUUCAGGAAACUAAAGAUGCUUUGGUGAGAGCAUCUGACCUACCCCUUUCGAUUCUUAUUGUUGGAGUUGGUGGUGCCGAUUUUGGAAAAAUGGAGAUCCUAGAUGCUGAUGGCGGAUGUAGAUUAGAGAGUUCCACGGGAAGGAUAGCUACACGAGACAUUGUACAGUUUGUUCCGAUGCGUGAUGUGCAAGGUGGGCAGAUCUCCGCUGUUCAGGCUCUCUUGGAAGAGCUGCCUGGCCAAUUCUUGACUUACAUGCGGAGUAGAGACAUCAAACCACACACGGCCAAUGUAUCCCAAGCUUCUUCUCAAGCGUAUCCACACACGGCCAAUGUAGCCCAAGCUUCUUCUCAAGCGUAUCCACACACGACCCACGUAGCCCAAGCUUCAUGGCCAAUGUAGCCCAAACUUCUUCUCAAGCGUAUCCACACAUGGCCAAUGUAGCCCACACUUCUUCUCAACUAUAUCCGUGAAUGGUCAAAAUCACCGAAAAAUUUUGAAAACUGAAGUAAAAUCUCUCAUGUACAUGACUUGCUUAGAAUCGGCAGAUGUUAUUACACAUACUUAGAAUUGGCAGAUGUGAAGGAAAAAUAUAUAUAGGAGUGCAUAUCAUUAAGAAGUAGAAAUACUUUGGCUUAUGAAACACUAAUCAAAAUUAUUAGACAGUAUGGUUGGUGCCAACUAUGAUUGGUUUGAUAAUAUUGAGAAUGCGGUUUUAUGAACAUUUACCUGUUUUUGAAUUAAUUGUUUUUUCAGCACUUGUUUGCUGCCUUUUUUAAGAAUUGAAUUUUAUAAAAAAAUUUCUAUUUACUUCA